ACAAUUUCGUAUGACAGAAUAACAUAUAGACAGAAAAUUGUUUGAAUGACAUUCUUUAGUAUGAACAAUAUUUAUUAAGAUCGAAAUAAGUGAUGAGAUGGACUUAAACUUAUAUAUGGAUCGAUAAUACUCAAAGAAACGCAACAAAAAAAAAUCGAUUAGAUCAUGCUGAAAUGAUGCACAACCAGAUUAAACAUAAAAAAUUACGAAAGAAAUCACAACAGUAGUAAACAAACGAUUAAAUAUGGAUAACCAAUGAACAAAGAUAAAGAUUUCUUAAACUAAAGGAAGAGUUUUCUUUGAAUUGGAUAUAUAUAUUCGUAUUACUCAUUUGUCUGGCUUCGUUAAAGAAAGUAAGAGUAUAUAUCGAGAUUCAUUUUAUUUGAUUUAUUGAUUUUUGUUUUCCUUUUAGUUAUGGUCAUUGUAGUAUAGAACAAUGGAUGAAAAAUGUUUUUCCUAAUGGACAUCCAAGUUUUUCAUUAGAUUUAAUGAAACGUUUUUUAACAUUUGAUCCUAAUAAACGUAUAACAGCUGAACAAGCUCUUACUGAUCCUUUUUUAAACAAUCACCAUUACCUCAUCCAGAGUACCGCUUUCCAUGGUAUGGAAAUUCCAUAUGGAAAACGAGAGUUUAUUAUUGAAGACGAAGAACAACAACAACAGCAACAACCAGCUGUUCAACCUGCACCUCCUCUAAUCGAAGAAUCAUCAAUACAAGUAACACAAGAAAAUUGUCAUGCACCUGUUCAUAAGAUGAUUAUUGUACCAGAACAACAUACACAUGUACAUCUUCUUGCUAUGCAAGAAAAUCAUGAACCUAUUGCAAAACGACUUAAAACACAAGAACCACCUUCUUUCUAUGCUCAAAAACCAUUAGUUUCAUCACAAUUGCUCAGUCUUCAUCAGCAACUUCGACGAUAG